AUGAGGACCGUGAAGGAAGGCGCUCCGCUGCUCGCUCUCGAAGAACCAAUUCUCACCACCAAGCUACAGAGAAUCCCUCGCAAGCGCAGUCUACCAACACGCCGCCGAGAAGGUCAACCCUUGCAAACCAACGAGGAAGUCAAUCAGCGUCGUCCAAAUCGCCAAGGUCGCCCACGUGACCAACUAGCCAUGUGUGUGGAAGACGUUGAGAAGCUUGUAAAAAACCGACUUCGAGACUUAAAGGUUGGCGGAAAUUUCGAAGAUGCAUUACGCAUGGAGGUAGACCAAGAAAACUCCUCACCUUUUACCGCCGAAAUUGAGCAGGCUGCUCCCCUGAAACGAUUCUCAACUCCCUCUUUCACAUGCUUUAAAGGGGAUUCCGAUCUUGAAAGUCAUCUGAAGCAUUUCAAAAGCAUUAUGAUCCUCCAUAAGGUUGAAGACGCAUUAAUGUGCAAAGUGUUUGUAAUGACUUUGCUAGGAGUAGCUCAGGACUGGUUCUACACCUUGCCAUCCGGGUCGAUCAGCAGCUUCAAGGAGCUUGCUUAUGUCUUCACCAAGGAAUACACUUCUUACCGGACGAUUAAGAAGAACCCUGACCACCUGUUCAACUUGCACAAGAAGUCCGAUGAAUCCCUUCGAGACUACAUCAAGAGGUUCAAGGCAGAGAGAGCAAAAAUCGUAGGAUGUGAUGACCAAGUUGCGUCUUCUGCGUUCAAGAGGGGCUUGCCAACUGAGUGUGAGCUGUAUCGCAAGCCCAAGGAACGAAACAACAAGGAUGAAGGCAAGCGCAGAUCACAGCCUCAAGAAAGUGCUCUAGCAGCUGAGAGCUACACCAAGUUCACUAUCCCGAUUCAUCAGAUCCUAGCCCAAGUAAAGGACAUGCCUUGGUUGAAGAAACCAUCGCCUUUGAAGGGAAACCCAACCAAGAAAGAUACCAGUAGAUACUGCGCAUUCCAUGGAGGGCACGGUCAUUACACAAACGACUGCUUCGCCUGGAAAAGGCACCUCGAAGAGCUGGUCAGAGAUGGCCAUUGCACGGAAUUCAUUACUAGGGGGUCUAUCCAGCAAAUCAAGGAUUGUGAUGCAGCUGCCAAUGAGCCUCCACGAAAAAGUCAUACGGAUCAACACGAUUCUAGCAGACUCCAAGAGUCUGGGCUGACCAUCAGGGAGCAGAAGAGAAAGAUCAAGCAAGCGACUUUCGUCUCUCAAGCCGUCACCAGCUACCCAGUCAUGGAAGACGAUCCUGGCAUCAUCUUUUAA